GUACCCCCGCCGGAAUCCGUCUUCCCGGCGAUGAUGCUCCCCAAAUUCAUGUCCCGGACAUGCCCCCUUCCACCUAACUUCAUCUGUACCACGCGAUUAUCCAAAAGAACUCCCGUUCUGUCUCAUAUCGCCAUCAACCCGACCUUCACCUCAACUGCCGGCGCUGCCGCAGUCUCACCGGCUACCGCCAAUGCUCCUCCCUAUGGUCCGUCCCUACAAAAAGGGAUCAAGCUUCCUCAAUUUCAAUCUCCUAUUGGUUCUAGCUCGCCCGAACCCAGUGCUUCGCUUGAGGAGGAGAGUUUCACUAGAAUCUUCGACGUUGCGGCUCUGCGAGUCCCCUCCGACCUCUGCUCCUCCCUGGAAAGCAGACUCCGAGGCCACCUCCUUAACUGGCCCCGCAUUCGCAACGUUGCUAGGGUUUCUGGAGAUGACAUCCAAGACGAGCUCAAAGAUUUUCUUGUGGAUCGCUCAAAUUCCGGCGCAGAUGGUGAAGCCCUAGUAACUUUGCAACGCAGGAUUUACGGGAAGGCAGAAGGGGAUGGAGAGAGGUUGAGUCCGGUGUUGUACAGAGAUAAGCUCUCCAGAACUUUUGAUUCUAGAGGGUUUGUGAACUUCAGGAAUUUAGCCAAAAUUUCGCGGCCUAAAGAGAAGAAGAAGAUGAAGAGGGGGGAUGGGAAGGGGAGAGACAAGAAAGGGGUCGGGAAAAAUGAGAUGGUAUUGAUUGAGGUGGUUGAUGAAGAGGAGAGUGAAGAUGGGGACCUGAGUGGGCUAUUGGGGGAUGACUUCAAAGGGAAUAAAUGGAGAGGCCCAACAAGACUGCUUCUUUUGGAUGAACAGUAUGCCAAUAAGGAGUUCGAUGAAAUGCCUGAAGCAAUCAAGGCAGUGUUUAGAGAACAUGGAAGGAGAAGUGAGAGACCUACUCUUGAGAUUGUUAACUGCAGAUUGACAUUGUUUUACCAGUAUUGGCUGAGGGAUGAGGUAUUAGAGGUUAUACUUCCAAAAGGGAUGAUUGUUCCUUCUACCUUCGAAACUGUUGGGCACAUUGCACAUCUGAACCUUAGAAACGAACAUCUUCCUUAUAAGAAACUUAUUGCAAAGGACGAUGCAGCUUGAAAUUUUGGCUGGAAACCACUCUCUUGUCACAAGAUUGGUUGAAAAUGGACUUCAUUUUCAAGUUGAUUUAGCAACUGUAUAUUGGAACUCUAGGUUGGCAACGGAAAGGCAGAGGCUGCUUAGUUCCUUCAAACGUGAUGAUGUUGUUUGUGAUGUUUUUGCUGGGGUUGGACCCCUUGCAAUAUCUGCUGCCAAGAAGGUCCAAUAUGUAUAUGCCAAUGACUUAAACCCUAAAGCUGUUGAGUAUAUGGAAAGAAAUUGUGUUCUCAAUAAACUUGAGAGGAAAAUUGAGGUGUAUAAUAUGGAUGGAAGGAGGUUCAUUGACACAAUUUUUUCCAGUCAAAAUACUCGGAACAUCACACAAGUAGUAAUGAAUUUGCCAAAUGAUGCUGUCGAGUUUCUAGAUGUAUUUAGGGGAUUAUUCCGGAAGAACACCAAGUACAAGGAAUCAACCUUUCCAAGGAUCCAUGUAUAUGGGUUUUCAAAAGCCCCAGAUCCGGAAUUUGACUUUCACGAGAGAAUAAGAAUCGCAUUAAGAGAAGUUGCCUUUGAGGUAGACGUACGAAUUGUACGUGCUGUUGCACCAGGAAAGUAUAUGUUGUGUGGAUCGUUUGUCCUUCCAGAGAGUGUGGCAUGUGGUAGACCUACAUAAAUUAUUGGUGGGUCCCAGCCUGCAUAUCUGUGGAUUAAAAAAAAAAAGAAAAAAAACCAAAAGGAGAAGCUGGAGAGAGUAAAAUUUGUGGGUGUAAGAACAAAGGCCAAAGAUGGUGGCAAUGCAGAAGUGAAUCUGGAGUCAGAUAUGGUGCUGUGUAUGUGUUGGGACCAAAAGAAAAGGAUGGGGCAUAGUGAGAUGGGAGUGGGAGCUGAUUGAAUGUCCAGAAGAAGAUAAGUGCUCACGCAAGAGGAAGAAAGGGUAGGGUAACAGUUACUUGAAGGGUAGGGUGCCCUAAAGGCGUUAACCCACUGGGUAACAGGAAAGCUUCACCAACCCCUUCCCUCCCCUUCACAGCCAUUUAAGAUGAACUGUGUUAGAAUUGGUGU